AAACCGCGUUACAAUUCUCCUGAGUUGUCAAAAUGCAAAGUAGUUAAUGAAUGAGAAAAAUGCGAUUUGUUUCGGUGAGCAUAACGGGUCGAAAGAGAGGAAUGGCGAGAGCAUAAGCAACAGCAAUACGUCAGGUAAAGAGAUUUGUGAAAAUGUGUAAUAAUAAAAUUCAAAGAACAUUUUUUACUUCACGUCGUUGCAAAUAAUUUUAAGAAAUCUCAUAACCGUACAAAACGUUGACCAAAAAAGAAGUUUGAAUAUUAUUUGCCGUAUUUGCUGUGCACUUUAUUAAAGUUUUUCAAUUCAAAUGUUUCUAUAAAAAAGUCACUGGCAACCGCUGUGAAAUUUUUGUUUUUUUUUUUUGGGGAUUUUUUAAAUAAACUGAUAACAUACGCACUGCUUAAAGAAAAUGAAUUGUUAACAGUUUGAGAAUAUAGUGUGGCUAAAAACAAAAAUAAAAAAUAAAAAAAAUAAAAAGAAAUUAUUAGACUACAUUUAGAUGCAAAAGUGCAUCAAAAAGCUGAAAAAAAAUUCAGUUUUAAUAUAAUACUAUAAUGUUCAAAACGCCAUUGUCGGCCACAACUACCUCAUCAAGUGGUGUAACAAAAAAGAUGGAAACCAGCUGUAAGAAGAUGACUAUUAUAUCCAAAGCCUUGUCAUCGGCAUCAUCUCGCCAGUUGACUGGCAAUCGUUUGUUUCAAAUAUAUUUGGAUAACUUUUUCAAAUUACCCAAAGAUAUUAAAAAUGAUAUAAUCUAUUGCCAGCGUGCCAUGAAGGCACAUAUCAAAGUGCAUCAAAUGGUCUUGGAUGUAUUUCAGCAACAACACGAUGCAGAUCCCCAACAAAAAAAACGUAUAUUAGACGAAUUAGAAGCUGAAAUUUGUGAAAUCAAUGCCGAGCAACAUUUCCUUUUUUUGCGUGUACGUCGCAUUAUUGAUGAAUUUCAUAAGACUCUUCAACAAAAUGGUAUACCAAUUGAUACCAUGGCCACCAAUAACAUGGUUGCAAAUGAGAUUGUGCCGCAUGUCAAUGAUAGUAAAAUAGAGAUUGUCCCGAUAACGGUACUUUUUCGCAGCAGCGAAGAACGUUUGAUUGAGAAGUACUUUGAAAUUCAAAAGGAGCAGAAACCAUGCGAAAUAAUUGAUUUGGAUGACGACGGUCCCAGCAGCAGCAGAAGCAAAUAUUCACCUAGCGCAGCUAAUGCUGCUAAUAGUGAGAGCUUAUUGUUGAACGGUCGUAAUGGCAAUUCUAAUGGACAAUCUCUACUUAAACCGAUGAGUCAACGCAUGUCAGUGGAUACUGCUACGGAUAUGCAACCCAAGAUAACCGCCGCCUUUUCUUUAUGUGAAAUUUAUAAUCAAGCUACUAAAAUUCAAGCGAUGGCUACUGCUGGUCCCUACGACACCAAUGAAAAACCUGUCGAAUUGCCCGUAUCAACGAAUGUCAAAAUGAGUCGUAUGAAUUUGCGUCAGGCUUUGAAAAGAGCUCAGGCCGCAGUUCGUGGUCCAAUGGUAACUCAGCGGAAUUUGACUAAUCCUCCUGCGUUGACGUCCAUACAAUCGGAGGUUUCCCCGCAGCCGCAACAACAGCAGCAGCCUAAACAAUCACAACAGCAAAAACAGCAGCAGCAACAACAACAAGCACAUCAACAACAGCAGCAGAAUUACCAACAGCAAAAACCUCCACAGCAACAGACCAAGAUAUCCACACCGGUUGAAUCGUCGGGCUUUUUAAAAAAAUCGCAAUCGACAAAAACUCGAAAUACUCGUAAUUCUGCAGCUGCUGCAACUUCUACCUUGAUUAAAACACCGGAGACUACUUCGUCAUCUGGUGAAGGUACACCAGAGCGAAGUUCCACACCACCGCAUAGCUCUUGGCCGGACGAAAUAGAAGAGACACGAACUAAAGUCGAGGAGUAUGGCCAAGAAAUGUUUUUAAGAAUCUUUCAUCUAUUCACGCCGGAAGUACACGCUCAGUUACAGCAAAGACGUUCGAAGCGCCGUAGACGUUGUGUACAAAACAAUGUAAGGUCACUAUAUCAUUAUGGGAAAAUUGAGCAUAACAUACCUCCUACCGUACCCGUAGAGCAAUCGGAUUCAAAAAAGAAACGUAAAGCUUUUUUACUAUCGCCGCAGGUUAAAAAAACUUUGCCUAACAAAAAGGCCAAACGACGCAGUGCUGAAAAGAUAGACGAUGCUGCUUAUGAGCGCUCUUUAGCUCCCCCUUCACGUUCUGUUUCCAGUUCUCCAGACGAUAAACGCGAUUGUAAUGAGUGCCUUAAAAGCGGUGGUAUUUUGGAACAAUGCGAUGCAUGUAAAUUCUUCUAUCAUCCGACUUGCCAUCACGAAGAGAAUGAUUGCGAAGAAAUAAAUCCAUUGAAGACUGAAGUGAAACUAUGCCCCACUUGUAGGAAAAUUCAAGAGCAAUUGUUAGAAAAGGAACUGAAAAAAAAUGAAAAUCUUGAGAAGAAAGCAAGAGAUUUGGAAUUGCAAUUAGCUAAGGAACGCGACCGUCACGACAUCUUGGAACGUACUGGCAAACAAUACAAAAUACAAAUGAAUACAUUGUUGAAGUUUGUUGAUUCCAUCAAGACGCUGCCAAAUGCGAUUGUUACCCGCCAGCCAAUUGUCGACAGCAAUAUUAUAACUUUGGACUAAAUUUUCAAUUAUCUUUUUCUUCUUUCUUCCCCAAUUUGGUUUAUUUCAUUAUUCAGCUUACGCCCUAACCAUUGAAAUAUAACAAAGAAGACGAUUGUUUAUUAUGCUAAUGAAUGAUAUUGAUUAAUAAUAUAG